AUCCCACUAGGAAAACAAGCCCUGUAUAUAACCAGACUGAGAGCGCCUCUGCUUCACACCGCUGGACCUGGUCUCCAGGAGCAAACAUCUGGACUCAUCUUCAGUUGGAGGAAAGCUGGCCAACUUUUGAAUCUCUGUUGGAAGAGAUGACAGUGAGUCUGGGCCCCCUGUUGUUGGUCUUCAUGCUGGAUCUGGUUGUGACCCCACCAGCUCUGGCUCAGGAUGACCCCAGGUAUAACAAAUUCCUGAGUCAGCACUAUGACGCCAAGCCAAGAGGCCGCGACGACAGGUACUGUGACAGGACCAUGAGGAGCCGAGGCCUGACCUCUCCCUGCAAGGACAUCAACACGUUUGUUCAUGGCAGCAAGGACAGCAUCAAGGCUGUCUGCGGAAAAGAUGGAGAGCCCUACAGAAAUAACUUAAGAAUAAGCACCUCUCAAUUCCAGGUCACCAUUUGCAAGCAUAGAGGAGGGUCUCCUUGGCCUCCAUGCCGGUACCGAGCCUCCAGAGGGUCCAGACACAUUGUUGUUGCCUGUGAAAAUGGCUUGCCUGUCCACUUAGAUGAGUCUGUCUUCAGUCAAUAGCCUGCAGGCCCCUGGCACAGAGUUGGUUCUGUUUUCUUUUGAUCCCCUCUUACCCCAGAACACUGAGGGCAAUGAUCACUGUCAGCGGCCAGAACACAAACUGUCUGAAACUUAUGUCUCCUGAUUUACGAUGCACAGAAAUAAAGAUGUCUCUAAAGCCAAUAAGAA